AUGCGCACCGCACAGUUCCCAAGUGCAGGCAUCGUUGGAAACAUGAGCCUGAUGGGAUGGCUGGACAAAUGCAUAUAUCCAAUGGAAGCAUCCAUGUCCGAUCUGUUCGAUGCACGCCGUGUUUACAGUCGUUGUGUCUCCCGCGCCCUCGCACACGGCAUAAAGGCUGCCGCAUAUCACGUGGCGCUCGACGUUGAAGCCACCAAGCUGCUUGCAGACAUAUGUCUCGCAAAGGGGCAGCGCGCCCUAGUCGGCCGGGUGUGUAUUGAUUCAAAUAUCUGCCCCGAGUGGUAUCGCGACGAGAGCCCACACAACGUGAUUCGGAAGAGCAAGGAGGUUGUCGACUGCCGCCACGAAACCAUGUGCGAGUUAGCCAAACUCCAGCAGGAGAACGGUGCUAUGGCCCAGACACAUGUCUCCGAGAACAUGGGCGAGGUGCUCCUCGUCAAGGAUAUGUUCUCGAGCUCGCAGCACUACGUCGAUGAAAAACGCAUAGUGAAGCAGGGUGGCGCUAAGAUCGCCCAUUCGCUUCUAGAUGUUUUCUUCGGAUCCAGCGAUUUGUUUGACGUCAAGUCAAUUGAGAGUUAUCAUCUCGUUCCAUUUUGA